AUGACUAUCGACGCCAAGACCAAGAUGACUGUAGUCACCCAGUUCAUCAAUAAUGACGGGACUGCUACCGGCACCCUUAUUGCCAUCCAGCGCAUCUACGUGCAGAACGGCAAAGUCAGCCAGCAGUCAAACACCAAUGUGGCUGGAAUCAUAACCACGAUCAAAUCACGGACACCUUCUGCAAUCAGCAAAAGGCUGCUACCGGCGACACGAACAAGUUUGAGAGCUUUUUCUGUUGACGGUCCACUUGCCCUACGGGACGUUCGGUAUCGGAUUCGGCUCAGUCGUGCAUUGCCGCCCAGGUCUCUGUAUUCAGCUGUGCCUGUGCCACCAACAUCAAUAUUGCAAGCGCCCAACAUACGAAUUUAUCAGCGCCUGCACUUGACUUCGUGGUACCUCGACAAAGACAAUCUCCGUUUCAAUUCUUUCACGCUUUCUGCUCAUAUUGCUGAUAGAUCAGGAUGGGUCUUAUGUCCGACGAAGACAUCCGAGAAAGCAACAGACGACAGAACGAGGCUUUUGAGCGUGCAGAGCGUACCGCACAGAAUCCACGACCUCUCCAGCUUGAUCCUGCAUCUGCUAAGCAGCGUAAUGAGAUUGCUGCAGCCCUCCUUUCAUACUACAAAUUCUUGACUGGCCUUUACAUUCCCGAGGAAGCGCUCAGGCGUCCACCAAAAGGAGACCAAGGAUGGGACUACAUCAAUGCCGAGCGAUUCGCAUUCCUGGGCAAGACCGAUGCUGUCAUUGACCUAUACAAACAUAUCCCCUACAUAGCUCAAGAUCGGGCAAUCGGCUACCAGAUCGAUGUCGAGACAAUUUGUAUCGACUAUACCGGCAAAGAUUUCCAGCGAGACGCGGUACAGAAGCAGGAAGCAGAUUCCGUUACGCCUGGUCAGUUCGAUGGGCAGGAUGCGCCCAUUUGGAAUCGGCUCAAAGAGCCACAGCAUGUCGCACUCUUGGCCAAGCCUCUCGAGACCCAUCGUGGUCUCUGGAUUGCGAUCGACAUCCGAGAUGGCAAGGCGGCUCAGCUCAUGCCCUUGAACGAAGUGAAUGAACAGACCAGUUGGGAGUUCAGCAACAUUCAGGAUCUCCUCCGGCACCUUAGAGAAGAGUUUAUGAAGUUGGCAUCUUUACCACUGGCGCCAAACAACGUCGUUUCGGCCGAAGUCAAUGGCGAACUGGAUCCACAACGCGCACGCGUACAGGAAGUCUACCGCGACUACGGCUGGCCAUCUGCUGAUUUCGACAAGGAAGCCUGCAUGAAGAAAGUCGAACAAGCUGACGAAGCGUAA